GCGAGAGAGAGAGAGAGAGAGUAAUGGGGAGAAGAGGCGGAGAUGGGCGAGCUCCUGCGUCCUUCUGGUGUCAGGCAGACGCGCUGCUCAGGAAGAACCUCACCUUCCAGAGACGGAACGUGAAGCAAAUACUCAGCCUAGUGAUGUUCCCUGCAUUACUGUGCGGGUUGAUUGUCGGUGUACGACUAGUCGUUAACUCCCAACUCGAUAACCACAAAUAUAAAUGUGGGUGCAAGUGCAUUGACAAGAAUGGGAGCGGCUCCUGCCAAUACGUCUGCGGAAUAGAGUACUCGAACACUAGCAAACAGGCACUUGCUUGUGCUAUACGCAGACCAAAACCAUGGCCGGCUUUCUUGCAGUUGCCCAUUCAGAAUGGUGCGGUGGAAGCAAACGCCUCCUCCACGGCCGAAUCACCUCACGGUGGAGGCUCGAGUGGAAGGACUUCUCCUGUCACCAUACUCUUCACAGGGCAGAACAGACCUGUAGCGACAAGAUUAAUGAGGAAGCUGAAUGUAAACAAUUUCCCAAACCACUUGUUUGAUCUGAUGAAUCCGGUCUCUCGAUUUUACCUUGGAACAAGCACCCGUCCUGGACCAACCAACUUUCUAGAACCAGCUUUGGUUUCUAACUCUUCCUUAUAUGUAGUUCUUCCUAGUUGUUUACCAAAUUCUAGUUUCAGUUUUUCUGUCCCAGUCGGAUCUAAUACCUUUAAGCAUGAGGUGAUAUGCGUGAGAGGACUGUAUUCGUGGCGUGACAAUUCAUCUGAAAUAGACAGGGAGAUGGAACAAAUUCGCAAGAAGCAUAAAAACUCACUCAAAAUCUUAGCUUCUUUUGACCUACUGAAUUCCAAUAGAUCUAAUUUCAAUGUGACGGUUCGGUAUGAUUCCACUUAUAGAAGUGGUGAUACAAACCCAAGAUUACUACGGAUACCUAGAUCCAUAAACAUGAUAUCGGAUGGUUUCCUCCAGCUUUUUGGAGGCAGAGGUUGUUCCAUGAAGAUUGAUUUUGUCAAGGAAAUGCCUAAGCAUGCAACAAAAAUUUCCUUUGAUGUCUCUUCACUUCUUGGUCCCCUCGUUUUUGCAUGGGUUAUUCAAUUAUUAUUUCCUGUCAUUUUGAUGUCCUUGGUUUAUGAGAAGCAACACAAACUGCGAAUAAUGAUGAAGAUGCAUGGUCUUGGAGACGGACCUUACUGGCUCAUCUCAUAUUGCUACUACUUAUUUUUAUCGACUAUAUACGUGAUACUGUUUGCAGUUUUUGGCUGUCUGAUAGGCUUGAAGAUUUUCCAAUUGAACAACUAUGGAUUACAGUUUACAUUCUAUUUUGUUUACUUAAAUUUGCAAACCAUGUUUGCAUUUUUAGCUGCGACACAAUUUUCCAAAGUUAGAACUGCUACAGUUGUAGGCAAUAUGUAUGUAUUUGGAUCUGGACUGCUGGGUGCAUUCCUGUUUCAGUCACAUGUGGAGGAUCAGUCUUACCCAAAAUGGCGGAUCGUUGCAAUGGAGACUAUGCCUGGGUUUUCAUUAUAUAGAGGGGUCUAUGAGCUUGUUCAAUACUCAUUAGAAGGGCAUUACAAGGGAACUUGGGGCAUGAGCUGGAAAAAUUUAAGUGAUAAUGAAAAUGGAAUGAAAAUAGUAUUGAUCAUCAUGGCUGCAGAGUGGUUGAUUUUGCUACCUAUUACUUACUAUUUGGACCAGAUUAGUUUUCUGGGGAGAGGAAAUCAAAAUCCUCUCUAUUUAAUAAGGAGUUUGAGAAGUAAACUAAUGAAACCAUUUGCAAGAUCAAGUACACGAGUGAUAUCAAGAGCAUUUGUCGACCUGGAGAAAUUUGAUGUUUGUGGAGAGAGGGAUGUAGUACAGCAAUUAGUUAAUGAGCCUAGUAGAGAUUUUCCUAUUGUCUGUCACAACCUAAGGAAGGUCUACAAAGGAAAGGAUGGAAACCCUGUGAAGCAUGCAGUUCAAAAUGUCUCUCUUGCUGUUCCAAGAGGAGAAUGCUUUGGCUUGUUAGGCCCCAAUGGCUCUGGAAAAACUACCUUCAUUAAUAUGGUGACUGGAAAUCUAUCCCCCACAUCUGGAACUGCGUUUAUUGAUGGCCUGAAUAUUCAAACUGACAUGGAUAAGAUUUACAUGCGAAUGGGGUUUUGCCCACAAUACGACCUAAUUUGGGAAACAUUAACUGGAAGAGAGCACCUUCUAUUCUAUGCUAGAUUGAAAAACUUCAAGGGAUCCAAGUUGCAGCAGGUUGUCGAUCAAUCCCUAAAAACUGUGAAUCUUUUUGGAGUUGGUGAUCGGCUUGCCGGUAAAUACAGUGGUGGAAUGAAAAGGAGGCUGAGUGUUGCAAUUGCACUUAUUGGAGAUCCACAAGUCGUAUAUUUGGAUGAGCCAACUACAGGACUGGAUCCAGAUUCAAGAAAUUACUUAUGGAAUGUCAUUAAACAAGCAAAGAAAAGCCGAGCAGUCAUCCUCACAACUCAUUCCAUGGAAGAGGCUGAAUAUCUGUGUGACCGCCUUGGUAUAAUUGUUAAAGGCAAUCUUCAAUGCCUCGGAAGCUCAAAAGAGCUAAGAUCAAGGUAUGGAGGAUCAUACCUCCUCACUGUGUCGACUGAUCCAAUGCAAGAGGCAGCUAUUGAGGAUAUUAUCCGUGGGCUUUCCCCAAAUGCAUUAGCUGUUUAUAGAGUUUCGGGGACUCUGAAAUUCAGACUGCCGAAGAGCGAAGUAAGAGUUUGUGACGUGUUUCAAGCAAUGCAGAUAGCAAAGCAGAGCAUUCUGGUCCAUGCUUUUGGCUUGGCUGAUUCAUCUCUUGAGGAGGUCUUCUUUGAAGUUGUAAAUGAAACACUAGGCAUCACCAGUUGAAGCUGGUCCAUUACUCUCCAAGGUCAGCAAUUCCUGGGGCAUGGAUCAUAUGUAGAUUCUUUCUGCUGCUUCCUCAUAUCCGUACAUUGACUUCUUGACGGUUCAAUUUCUUGAUAUCGAGAAGAAAGAAACAAGAUGUACAACCAGCUGGGACAAAGUACAGUGGCAGCAAAAUUUAGGGAACAACUCCCUAUGCUGCAAAGCUUGUAUAGCGAUUCUUUUGGGGGAAAGUAAGCACCCUUGGACAUUUCCUGGUAAACAGCAGGAAAGCCUUUUUGUGAAUAAUUUGUAGAGAAUUUUUGAAAGAUAUAACUCUCUCACAAUUGACAGGAGGAAACUGGAGUAAUUCUUUAUACAAUUGGAAACCCCCUUCAAAUUGCAUAUUACUUCUUCGCUUUUUCGCAGUAAUUUUGUUAGUCAUUGUAGACUUUCGAAUGGAAACCUGGAGGGUCUCCACUGACCUGGUCAAGUGGGUUACUCAAGGCAUUAAAGGCCACAAAAACUUUGAUAUCACAGUUAAUGAAUCCAUUGUAUCAUGAUCAAGGACGAUGACAGAACUAUUCUUGUAGAGAUUCACAUCACAAGAUUGUAAGGGAAGAUGCACAAUGGGAUGUCCAAACCUGGCAGCAGUUCCAAGAAUUGUAAAAAAAGAGAAAAACGGCCUUAUCCAUCAUAAAGGGAGCCUGAAUUA